CAUGUUGUUUUUUUAUGCUGCUAUGCAGGUAUCAAUAAUCAAACCGAGCAUAAGUCGGUGCAGACCUUGCAGUCAGUGCAUUACCCAGAAAAAACAGGCUGAAGGAUAGAUUUACAUCGAAUAAAACGAAAAAAUGUGUUUUCUCACCGUUAUAAGUACAACCUGUGUACACUGACUAAUACUAUUCAUAUCUCUUUCAAAUUUUCUUUUCCAAAUGUGUUAAAACCUUGUGAUUUGUUUUUGUCAUUUUAUGCCUGUUAUUGUUGAAAAUUGUAAAACCCUUCCUGGCGCUCCAGUUUCCCGUCCUUAUAAAUUAGAAGGUUCAAUAUUCUGACGAGAGCGGAAAUACACGUGAUUUCGUACGAACAAUAAAGACAGGGCAGUAUGAUUACGCUACGCAUUUCACUGCGACAGAUAUACGCGUGUCUAGUCUAUUGCGUGCUGCUGGUGUACCUGGUGUGGCCGGGACGAUUCGCGAGCCGCUAUGAUUACAUCGAGGGAGAGGAAAUCUACGAUCAGCUGGUGCGUAAAACCACCAAGAACGUGAGCCUGAUGCGGAACGGAAUACGCUGUGACUACAGCGAUGUGAUCGAAGAAAAUGUGUACCUUUACCGGAGGCCUUUCACUGAAGAGAUUAUUAAUAAUAACGUGAAAUUGGGUGGCGAAUGGCACCCGGAGGAUUGUCUUCCCAGCUUUAGUACAGCGAUUAUUGUCCCCUACCGGCAGCGGGAGAGCCAGCUGAACCAGUUCCUAAUCUAUAUGCACAACUACCUACGGAGACAGAGGAUUCACUAUCGGAUUUUCAUAAUCGAACAGUACGAUCCGAAGCCGUUCAAUCGUGCCAAACUGUUUAACAUCGGGGCAUUGAUAGCGAUGAAAUUGGAUUUUCCUUGUCUCGUGCUGCAUGACGUAGAUCUGAUGCCGGUGCAACUGGGAAACUUGUACGCUUGCUCCCGUCUGCCACGGCACAUGUGUUCUAGUUUGGACGUGUUCAGAUACAACUUGCCAUACAGGACCCUCUUCGGUGGGGCAGUCUCGAUUCAGUCCCAUCAGUUUAUGAAGGUCAACGGAAUGUCCAACAUGUUUAGCGGUUGGGGCGGAGAGGAUGAUGAUUUCUAUAGCCGUUUGGAGAACAAGGAGAUCGAGAUUUGCCGUUUCAGUCCGGAGUACAGCCGGUACAUGAUGUUGAAACACCGGAAGGAGAAACCGAGUAAGGAUAGGGUUGCUUUUCUGCGAAAUGGUCACCUGCGAUAUCACACUGACGGGCUCAACUCGUUGGUUUACAAAGAAGUGGGCUUCAAAAUGCACAAUUUAUUCACGCACGUUUUGGUGGAGACGUAGAUUGGAUUGCAACCCACAACUGGUCUGUGGUUCACUUAUUUAGGAAAAUAGCUGUUGGUUUUUGUCCUGAGGGACCGUACCCACACUUACAUAGUCACUGAGUUUCGUUGGAUUAUAGGUUUUAAUUUAAGCAAAUGAAACGAGUAACAAUUAGAUUUGAUUCGUAUUGCUGUACUUACUAUGUAGGUGUUUUAUAAUUAGCGAGAAACAAAUAUUUUACACUUCCAUAAUCUCGGGAUGCACUGACUAGUUCUGGCAUAGUAAAUUAAAAUCUUACCGUUUUGUUAUGAGAGUGGACUGUGUGAAUGGGUAGAACAAAUUUCGAACCUUUCUGCACAAAUUUAUUGAAGCAACAUAAAACAACACUGUUGAAACUUUUAAAAGGUGAUACUGUGAAUCAAACCUGUCUACUGUCUUUGUCAAUUAAAGAGCCAGUUUGGUGGAGCAAAAUUUUUAUCUCGGUAGUUUGGAUUGUAAAGGGUAAACUAAACAGUAAAAGAAUAAAGGCCUUAAACAGCUCCAGCAUCGCGCAUAAGAGUACACGAGUUAAGUUAUGAAGCAUAACGUAGGUACUGUUUUGAAUGUUAUUAUAAAAUCGUAGCUGACAGCGCUUUUGAGUAACAGUUGAGUUUACGAACUCGUUGGUAUUAUUUUUACAAUUAGCGGAUAGCUAAUCUAAGUAUAGAAACUAGUUUAUAAGUAGGAUUUUCAAUUUGCAAAUAAACCAAAAAAUAUAUAUCAAAACGUAGACACUUAAAUCGGUGAGGUUAAACACGUUUCACGCGAUUCUAGUACCACACAGUAAUUCUAGAUAUAAGAGAAUUGUAAUAACUAAAAUACAGAGCCCAUUCUGGGUCAGUUGCAAAUAGACAAAAAAUGAUUAAGGCUGGACAGAGCACCUAUUUUCGUUGAGUUUUGGCUGUUACCUGAUAGAUCAGCAGAGUUCUAUACGUAAAGUUUAUACGGGCACACUUGCGGCACGAUACCAAAAGUUUUACCGCUUUAUCCAUACUGGUAAAUCGAUACCAGUUGCAUAGCAAACGUGACCCACGUGAUUUGGCCCAAAAUCCGUAGAAUAGGGCGAUGUCUAGUCUUAACAUAGUAUAGUGCAUACAGCUAUAGACACAAUUUUCACAACGCAUAGAAAUACAACUACUUACAGUUUUUGCCGACAUCGACUCCGAUGUUUACAUUACAAAUUGAGCCCAGCCAUAGAACGUUGAUCGUCAGUCAUUUUUACCGAUUCAACAAUCACUGAAGGGAUCGAAAUUCCGGCUGAAUUCAAAUCGUUUAAAAUUGUCAAACGCUAAAACAGAACACCACAUGAGGUAACAUGUAAUAAUAUCUGAACAAAAAUUUUUAGUCCGAGCCUAACAUUUAAUAAAAUUAAAAUUGGAAACAAA